GUAAAUAAUAAUUAAAUGUUUACUUAGUAAAGUAUUUGAGUAACAUGACGUCUUUCUUUGCAGUUUUUCAUUAAAAUAUGUGUUUUUUGUGAACGCAUUUUAGCGGUUCUCAAAGCUGGGUUCUGGGCCCACUCGGGGGUCAUAAAUAAACAAAUUCAAGGACUUAUGAAAGUUUAUGAACAGCUAAUUAAAAAAACAUUUAAAGGCUUGUUUCCCACAGAAGCUGUGUUGAUGCAAGGAGUUAAUCUCUGAGUGUUUGAAGUCAAAAUGAAACUGAAACCAAGAAAUCUCCCUUCAGCUGCUGACAGAAACCGAGUCUCGUCUCUGAAGGAAGCAGCUCCUCUCGUAGUUUUACAUUUCUUCUCCAGAUAAGGAAGGCAAAAUAAAAGAAGAAACUUUUAUUCUAAAAGGAAACUUCCUGUUUCUGCUUUCUGUGGUUUCAGCUUCUCCCAUAAAAGAAGAAAAAAAUGGCUUCCCGCGCGGAGCUCUCCUGCCCCGUGUGCCAAGAAAUCUUCAGAGAUCCUGUCGUCCUCUCCUGCAGCCACAGCUUCUGCAAAGCCUGCGUGGAGACCUGGUGGAGGGAGAAAYAGAUAAACCAGUGUCCGGUUUGCAAAGACUUCCCUCUGGCGAGUAACCCACCUAUGAGUCUGACGCUGAAGAACCUGUGUGAGGCCUUCCUGCAGGAGCCGAAGUCCAGAGCUGCUUCUUCUGGGCCUGAGGACCUCUGUGUUGUGCACCUGGAGAAGCUGAAGCUUUUCUGUCUGGAUCACCAGACGCCGGCGUGCGUGGUGUGCCGGGAUUCCAAAACGCACAGCGGCCACAGGUUCAGGCCCGUCGACGAGGCCGCGUKGGACCACAGAGACCGGAUCCAGGAAUCCCUCGGGCCCGUUCGGGAGAAGCUGAAACUGUGCGAGCGGCUGAAAGGAACCUGCGACCAAACUGCCARACACAUCAAAGCCCAGAGCAGGAAGAUGGAGAGGCAGAUCAGAGAGCAGGUCAGGACGCUGCAUCGGUUCCUGCAGGAGGAAGAGGAGGCCAGGGUCACGGCUGUGAGGGAGGAGGAGAAGCAGAGGAGUAAAGYGGUGAGGGAGGAAUCUGAAGCUCUGAGCAGACAGAUGUCUCUUCUGUCCAACACCAUCAGAGAGACAGAGAAGGAGCUGCGAGACCAGGACGUCUCCUUCCUGCAGAGGUACAAGCAGACGUCAAACAGAGUGCAGCAGCGCCACCUGCUGRACGAUCCCCAGCUGGACUCUGGAGCUCUGAUGGACGAAGCCAAACAUCUGGGCAACCUGAGCUUCAACAUCUGGAUCAGGAUGAUGGACGUGGUUUCCUGCGCUCCCGUGACUCUGGACCCGAACACGGCCCACCCGGGCCUCGUCCUGUCCGAGGACCUGACCUCCCUGAGACACGACRAGCGGCAGGAGCUUCCRGACAACCCAGAGAGGUUUGACGUGGACCGGGCCGUCCUGGGUUCUGAGGGGUUCACAUCUGGGAUCCACAGCUGGGAGGUGGAGGUGGGGGACAGCACCAGCUGGGGUCUGGGCGUCGCAGCAGAGUCCGUCCAAAGGAAAGGGGACACAAAGGCUGGACUGUGGACCAUCAGGUUCUCUAACGGUUUAUAUGAAGCCAUCUSUCCUUUGGAUCAGCAGAUUCUUUUCAACCUGAAGACCCUCAGGAGGAUCAGAGCCAGUCUGGAUGCUCGGCGUGGCCUCGUUACUGCUGAACGUCUGCUGUGAUGUGGGCUGUAAGGGGACAGACGGACAACCAGGACAGGCUGGGA